UUGCGUCUUACAAACCUUUUGUUUCAAACAAUGUUGAUCAUGCAAUGUGGUAUAUAUUUAUGCACACAUUUUAGAAUCGUCAAAACCAUAACUGAAGCUUUCAUUUUGUGGAGUUAAAUCAGAACUGGUAUUACAAUUAAAAUACGAAUUUGAACAGACAUAAUGACAAUCUUAAAACAUUUAAGACUCAUUGUAUUCUCGGCGUUAUUCGUUGAGAUUAACAGCAGCUCUGUGUUAAAAAGCAAUGGAACGUCUGGAAAAGAACUGAAUCCGCAAACUUUGAUUGCAUUUGGGAGAGAAACUAACGAUUCCCUGGUUACAAUGAUAGGAAAAGUGAUAGAAAAUUAUCACAUGUGUACUGCAUGGUCUCAAUGGACAGAAUGUGGCGCGACCAGAGCUGAUUUCUUCUCAGCAAGGACGAGAAGAAGACAUUGCGUGAAAGACAAAUCAAGAAAUGGAAGACGUACGGAAAUUGAGACUGGCGUUUGUGAAGGUGGCCUUCUAAACGUAUGUCCAAGAAGUUACAACAUGACGGUCAAUGGAUUCUGCAUUAAACUAUAUACCACAGAGAAGACUCACAACGAGGCCGAAAACGUGUGCAAGAAUGAUGGUGGCUUUCUUAUCAACAUUGACUCAGAUCCGAAAUAUUUCGACGUUAAAGCUAUCUUGAUUAGUAAUGACAUGAAAGGACACGUACAUAUCGAUGGCCGUCGGAAAAAUGCUUCCUCUCAAUGGGAAUAUUCGUACGGAUCGAGAAGCGGUUAUUUCCACUGGUACAGCGGCUACCCUACGACACGUGCUGAUCAUCUAUGCCUAGAGUUAUCUGGGUAUCAGACAGUAGCUAAUCAACGGUUCCUUACGUUUAAUGGGGCAUGCAGUGCCGCGUACUCAUUUCUAUGUGAAGUUCAAGUUUGAAUGGCAACGUUAUCUAUAAAGAGGAAACACUUCUUUUCAUUUUCUUAAUUGUAAACUUGCGAAGCAUGCAGUAUCUCAAAACAUAUUAACAAAUAUUUCUUUUUAUUGCUAUAAAGAUUCAGGAUAAAUUGCAGCAAAUACACAUUUACCGUUUGGACAUUGUAUACCUACUUGAUAUGUCAAUCUGAUGGAUGUUUUACUGGCUUUGCGUAGUACAUAAAGAGUCAAAUAAUUACUUUUAUUACAUAGCACACUUUAUGAAUUUUGAUCAAAUUUUAAAGGGUUACAAGAAAGGAAGUUUCAUGCUUACUGAACAUGUACCUGUUACAUUGAAAUUGUUUCCCUGUAUAUUAACAUUCAACAACUAUAUCGCAGCUCAAAAUGUGUGCAUACUUAUUGCUAUGUAGGGUGUAGGCAGUCCUCUUUGAAUGGAACUGCGAAGAAAAUAUUCAAUUUUACAAUAUGUCAAGAGACGAGAGAAGUAUAUUACAUGUUUCAUCUUAAGUGAUAUUGUGUUGCAAAUGACAGUGCUAUAUAAUUAUUACUUUUCUAUCGCGAAGUUAAGUUUAGUAAUCAAACGUAACAGCUUGAUCAGUGAGAAAGUUCUGACUUUUGCGAAACAAUUGUCCCUUCGUUAUAACAAAAAUACCAUUCAAUCACCAUUUUUUGUUCUAUUACAUAUAUGUUUAGGUUAAAUUAUUUGUUUCUUUAAUGUUAAUCGAAUUACGAUAUAUGAAAAUAAAAAUGCGCUAAAAUAAUAAGUUGUUACGUUGACUUAAUACAACGGUUUUUUUUAUAUAUAUUUAUAUUUAGUCUGUAGGUGUCGAAUCGACGACGUUUUAAAUUAUUUUGUUUCUAAUUAUGAUUAAAACAAUUAUUUAAUUCUUUUCAUAUCGUACGAUGUAAUCCUUUACAUGGGUUAUAUGAAUUCUUAUUAACUGGUAAUUAAUAUGUUGCUAAUGUAUUUGUUUGUUUAAACAUCAUUUCGAUUUGUAAAUAAAUACAAAACAUAAACGUUUGGAUAGAAAAAAUCGUAAAGGAAUUUUGCGAAGGGCCAUCAAUAGCAAAGAAAUACUGUAUAAAAACAGAGCGAUUUGUUUCCCUUAUUGUAUUGUUUUAUAUAUAUCUUUAAUCAGAUCUACUUUCUUUGUAAUCUAAUACAUUUAUAAACAGCACAAUUUGAAUUAAUUUAUUUAUUAUUCUGUUUUGUAAAUCAUGAUUAAUGUUAAUAAAUAGUCUGCUUAUUCUGUUUAUUUCACAUAUUUGUAACGAAAAAAAAAACUGAAAUCUGAAAAACUGUGUAUAGAAACAAAAAGAAAAUUAAAAACCAUACAUUUUGAAGCGGAAUUUAGAUUUAAUCCGUAAUGUCGCUGCACGUACAGCAGGUGUAAUAGCAGUAAUUCAAUAAAAACUAAACUUCCGCCCUGAUGUAGUCGAAAACAUCCCCUGAUAAAGAUAUUCAAUUGUUCCAUGUUUAGCGCAAUCACAUGCAAGCAAUGGACCAAGAAGACAUUAUUUCACUAUAUAGUAUAAUCUACCUUUCAUGUUUAUUUUCGUUUAUUUUCUAGUUGUUGACUUGAACUUUCUUAUUUUUUGACAAAAUUAUCUCCGUGACUACAGUUGACUUCCAGGUCACUGCAUGAUAUUCACAUCCCAUUUUCCUUUGUUUUGAAAAUAUAUGGACGUUUUGUGGAAAAUAGGUCUACGAUUGAGUGAAUAUUUAGAAAGUAAAUCAGAAUAGGUCGGAAGUGAUUGAAUUUUAUAUGAAAAAAGGAACAAUUAGUUUUAUUGGGGUAUAAUCUACAAGAGGCAAACCAUAUCAUUCUAUCGAAUUGAUUGCAGACAGAACAGAAUGUUAAAAUUCGACAUCUAAGCAAGUAAAACGUUUGGGCGCAAAAUAGAGAAUCACAUCUUGAAUAUCUUGACUUUGGACAAUACUUUUACAAAGGAAGUGAUAAUGUCUCUAAAUGUCGUGCAAAUAAAAUUCCGUGAAAUAUAAAAUAACUUACCAACUUUCUGAAUAGUAUUGAGAUACUGCCCUUUCAUUCAUGAUUGUAUUAAAUGUAAUUUGAUUUUUUAUUUUUUUCUUUGGCGAAUAUGAGCUGUGAAUAUUAAAACACAAUGUGUGUUGUCCGUUGUCGGUAGAUUGCUGUCUUAUUUAAUAGAUUAAAAAUCUGAUAAUGGCCAAAUAGUGCAUUUUGGGUGGGAAAUAUGUAUUUUACCGACAGAGUAUCUUCUUGCAAAAUAAUACAAUAUCACCUAGUCUACUGGUCAGUGAAUAGCCAUUCUCAAAGAAAAUAUAGUACCGAAAGUAAUGGUUAGUUAGAACAUUUUUGGUUGUUUUAUGAUAGGUUUAAGAUUUUUUUUUCAUCCUGGAUAGAUGACAUCAAACGUUUAAAUGUUAGGAAACAAACCCCUAUAAAUCAAAACAUUAAAUGAGGACCGAUGAGUGAGUUAGCUCUCGUUCGGCGCUCAUAUUGCCUGCUUUUUAUCAUCUGUUUAAUAUAUAUAAUGGUUUUAUUUAAUAUUUUUUAUUAUUAUAAUAGCUACUCUGAAUACAAAGCCGUCAUCAAAGUAUUGGCAGCGACUUUCAGCAAAAGGGUAUCCGAUUAAAGUCUGGAAUGAUGCAUUUUGGCGAGAACAUGCAUUUUUACCAAUAAAGUGUUGUUUUUAUUUUCAUGAUACAUUAAAAAAAAAAACGAUUACCAUUAUCUAGGUAACCCAGUAAGAAAAAAAGAAAGUGUCCAAAAAAUGAUUGAUACCAUGUUCCGAGCGAUCAACAUUGAUGUGUUUAUGCAAAAGCAAGAAUAGUCUCAUAUUAAGGAUUAAUUUUGGUGAAAGUAAGUUAUAUUUAACUCUAGGUGA